UCCGGUCCCACACUGUAACAGUUUUAAACAUAUUCUAAACGAUACUGUAUACAUAAUCGCUUAAAAUUUGAUUGCUUCUUUGUGAUCGGAAAAGGAAUAUUGAUUUUUCUAGUGAUGGCCCACUUAAUUUAUAAAAGCGCUGACGUUAGAUGCUGAAAUAUCCUUUUUUUCCUGGAUAUUUACAUAUCGAGAAAACACGCAAUGUCUGACACUGAUGAUGUUAGUGUUAGUGUGGUCCUACCUGCUGGGGGAACUGGGGAGCGUUUUGGGAGUUCCAUGCCCAAACAGUUCUGUCCCGUGAUGGACAGACCUAUCAUCCUUUACACACUCCAUGAAUUCCACAGACUGAGCUGUGUGAAGCACAUUGUUGUGGUAGUGUCCCAACCCUACAUGGACUAUAUGGAGGAACUGGUGGAGAGUCACGGCUACAGCAAAAUAAUGGUGGUCAGGGGAGCCCAAACCCGUCACAGAUCCAUAUACAAUGGAGUAAAGACCCUUAAAUCAGUCUUGGAGCCCUCCGAUGUGGUAAUAAUUCAUGACGCUGUACGUCUGUUUAUUGACGCAAGUACAAUACAGGAAGUAGCCAAGGCUUCCAAAGAGACAGGGGCAGCAGGUGUUCACCGUCCGCUGAUUUCAACAGUGAUCUCCUCUGAUGGGUGUGGGUACCUAGAGGAGUCACUGGACCGGAACAGAUACUGUGCUAGUGAGAUGCCACAAGGAUUCAUCUUCUCUGUUAUUCUGUCUGCAUAUGAAAAGGCGACAGAUCAUGACUUUGACUUUGGUACAGAAUGUCUCCAUCUGGCAUUGAAAUAUGCGGGGACAAAGGCUAGAUUAAUAGAAGGUCCUCACAACCUUUGGAAGGUAACUUUAAGAAAAGACUUGUAUGCUGCAGAAGGGAUGCUGAAAGAGAAUGAGUUACAAGUUCAGGUGGUUGGGUGCUGCGACAGAGAUCUUGUCACACAUCUACAACAGGACUUCGCGGCUCGGCAUCUGAAGAUGACUGUUUGCGAUUCUAUGGAGACAUGUGACCUUGUGGACACAAACUGUACUGUGUAUUACUACACCCAGUUUGACUGUGAUGUAAUCACAGAGUACACAGAAAAUCACCACGAGGAACAAAAAAAGGACGGCAUUGUGGCCCGCACACCUUUUAUGGAUAAAGUCAUAGUUCAUGUGAUACGGUCAGAGGAUAAAGUUAUGGACUGCUGUAGAAAGGUCAGAGAAGCUAUGCAGGGGAAAACGAAAUCUUGGAGGAAGAAACAUCUGCUGGUCUAUUUUGUUUUGAGUGAGACCAAAGCCAGUGUAGCCGUUGUCUCAGAAAUGGUGGCGAGUGUUAUAUGGACAAGAGACCCAGUGAUGGCUGGACAGACCUACAUGGCCUUUGAUUGAGCGACAUCACACUCUAUGGACAGAGAUCUGAUAAUGGAAAGGCAGACCUAUCUGGCUUUAGAUAAACAUACCUCACACUGUAUGGAUUGAGAUCUGAUAAUGGACAGGCAGACCUAUCUGGCCUUCGAUCAACAUACCUCACUGUUCAAUUGUGACGUCAUUAAAAUGCAUCAUCGGUAAUUGUGACGUAAUCAAAAGUGAAUGACGAUAUGCAUACCCCGCAUGUGUUUUUGUUUACAUACAUGGCAGACUACAGUCGGUGGAGCUGUGGCUGAAAUAAUAGGAUGGGUGAAAAAUAAUCAUACCCUACCUUGAGGGUGUUACAGAGAACUAUCCAACCCUCGGGAUGAUUGUUUUUGGGUGUCUAACCCUAGGCAGAGCCUUUGGUUCAACAACCAAACAAAUCACCCCUCGGGUAGGAGAUUUCUCUGUCACACCCUCAAGGUAGAUUCUAUUAUUCUUGCACUCCAUGAUAUUCUAUUAUUCUUGCACUCCGUGAGAUUCUAUUAUUCUUGCACUCCAGGAGAUUCUAUUAUUCUUGCACUCCAGGAGCUCAAAGCUAAUUGUUUAUGUAGAUGUUUGAAGUAACUAUUGGAUUCCAGGGAAACAACUAAAAUUCCUCACUCCACUUUAAUGCUCAGCUAAUUCGCUCACAUAUAAUGAUUGGUUGCUGGUUUCCAUAUCACGAAGCCUUUUGAAAUAUUUAUGAUGUUUGAAAGUUGGCUGAAAACACACUUCUUUGAGCAAUUUGCAACUUUUGUCCAUUACUCAUAACGUCACUGAACAGAAACCAUGUUUGACAUGUUUUUAUUACAAUGCAAUGCUCUAUGUGUUUGAAAACAAAAUGAUGAAAUAUGAAAAGGAUGGUGCAAUCUCAUUUUACGUGGACAACGUUUAAGUUGUGAAGACUCAUAAUGUAAUAUACCUAUAACCCACUGUAAAUGUAUAUAUAUUUUUACAUUAAUGAGGCAUUUGUGUAGCAGAGAUAUUUUAUCGUUUGCAAGAACAAUUACUUUAUAUAAAAGAGAACUUAUGUGUUAGUUGAUGAGCAAAUCUGUGUUCUUUGAAUGGGGUAAUAUUACAAAGGUAGGGUCAACACCUAUGGAGAUUUAACAUUAGCGUCGGCCCCCACUUGGAAUUUCAAAACAAGAUAAAUC